AUGACUCCCUCUUUGCCCCGUCGCUCUGCUGUAUCGACCGUUACAUCUCCGCCUAAACCUGAUACCUCUUUCAUAGUUAAAACGCCAAACGAGACUUAUGAAUUGGCUGAUUCGCACAUCCCAGCAUCCAAUCUGGCUGCUUUAUCUGGACAUGUACCACACGAUCCCCUGCUUCCUUCAUCUGCUGUUGGUUUACCCUCAACGCCUCAGGAGUUUGGCCGUGUAGAUAUAACCGGACUGGUUAAAACCCCUGCUAGCUCGAAAAGUCUAUCAUGUCUUUCUCUUUUUUUGAUCUGUUUUUGCUAUGGACGAUGGUGCUCUCCUUCGGGAACCAAAAUUACUCAAAGUUCGGAGCUUCAAGCUCAACAAGCUAAGCAAACUAUGGCGAAAACAAAGUCGAAGAAGAAUAGGAAAGAUAAAAAAAGUGAGAAGACAGUUAAGAAUAGACCUCAGACUGCUAUGUUAGUUGGUAAGUCAGGGUCUGGGAUAAAAGGGCCCUCGGUACCAUUCAUCAACUGCCAAUCUUGCUUUGAACUCAAGCAUUCGACCAAUGGAGGAACAGACAUAGGAGAGAAGGCGAUGAGGCAGGCGACUGUUUACAGGGAAAUUCAAAUGGAUAGGUCUGCGCAAUGGGCAGAAGAUUAUAGCGAUCAAGUACAGAGUCCGAACAAUGUGACUCUUAUGCAGUCUCGAGAAGAUGCUCAGAAUCCAGCCGACCUUCUGCGAGCAGCUAAGCUUUCACUUCUCGAUAUCAAAUCUGCUGUCAUUUAUCGCGACCUAGUGGAUCCUAGUACGUGGUUGCACGAUGCCCUUGUUAAAUAUUUAGAGCAAUCGGCAGGUGUACUUGUACUCGGCUGUAGGCUAGAAUCCCGACCAGUAAUGAAGGGAACCACACAGGAAAUAAAAAAGGAUGCACUGGAGAUAGGCUCGACUGUUGGAGCUGUCCGCGUACUAGUGGUUGCAACACGGCAACUGACAGUUCGAGAUUUGAUAUCCAAAUGUAGUCGGAAGUCGACUGCUUCGUCUCUUGGUAACAAUGCUUAUAUAAAAAAUGACAGAUCUUGUGAGCUUAAAGCAAGUGCUGGAAGGGCGAAGGCUGACGAUAAACAAGAGGAGAAUAUAGUAGAAGAGUACAUCAAGAAUGGGGCAAAAUCGUCGGUAAGGAAAAUGGAAGUACGAGAGGUCGAAAAACACGAACUAUGCACAAAUAUCAAGGAAAAUGAAUCAGAUUCUUUGUUUAGCCUUAAGAUGGAGACUGGAUGUACACUACAGAACCCGUCUACAGACCAUCCGACAGGAGAACUCUCUAUCAAGGACUCAAACCGUGGGCCACAGUCUAGUAUUCCUUCUUCAUCUUCUAUCGCCCAAGAGUUGGAGGCUGUCUUUGCUUCUGAUCUUGCCGGUACGAGAUUGACCAGACUUGGCCUGCAGGGAAUACGGCUGGAAGUUAGCCUUGAAGACGAGGAGGUAGAACAGGCUCUUUUGGAGCUCGAAUCUUAG